CUCACGUAAAAAUAUAGCUGGGUCUGGUCAACAGUCCAAGAACUUUGAUUUAUAUCAUUAUCGUAACGUGAAUCAAUAAACUUUAUUUGUUUUAGACUAUUAUUUGUCAUUACAUCAAAUCUCAUUGUUUAAAAAUUACAUAAGAAUUAUGAGCUUUGGGAAUUUCUUGAGACGCAUAUCAUUCGACAGUGAAAAGGUUCAUACGGACUCAUCAGCUCCUGAAGGUAAUGAUCCACCUGGGAUGAAUUCAUUUUUCACAUCACCAAGUCGAAUAUUCGAAAGUGUAAAUGCAAAAACAGGUCAUCUAGUAUCAGAUUUAAAUCAGAAAUUAGAUAUCAGUGGAAAACUCGAUUCGAUUAAACAAGUUUCGGUUGGUAAACUGGAACAUGUUGUACGUGGAUCUUCUGUGAAUCGAUCAGAUAGUAAAGAUGAGACUCAGAAAGAUGAUAUUAUAGAAAAUAUUCCUAGGAUGUCCUAUUUUGAUCAAGAUGUCAGGGAUUCGACUAGAAAUCUUUCUUCACAGGCACCUUUUAAUAAUAGAUCCAUAGUGGAUUUAGAUAAAUCACAGACAGAAAAGUCUACAGGUUAUGUUCAUUAUUCACCAAGUUAUGAUUCACAAAGAUCUGAAGAAUCCCACUUAACAUCAAGUGGUAGUGCAUUGAGACGACAAAGUACACAAAAUACUCCACGUCCACCUAGACCACCCCCUCCAAGUAGUGCAGCUUUGAGUAGAGCUAUGAGCUUGGAUGAAACAAAUCUUUCUGCACAAAUAAAACCAUCUUCAUUCCAAGAAGACAGAAAUCAGUUAACAGAUGAGCAGCCAGUUGAUCAAAAAUUAAAAUAUCCUGCAAAGGAUCGCGGCCAACCGUUUAAAUUAAUAGAUGAACCACGUGUACUACAGCAACCUAGCGCAUCUGUAAUUGAGGAGGAGGAAAACAGUUCAGCAUCUGAAUAUGGUGAAAAUGGUGAUCAGCCAAUUUAUAAACAGGAAAGAGACUUAAUACUUACCGCAAGCGGUCAAACUAGUUCCACAACGAAGUCAUAUGAAACUCAAAAUAUAUCAACAGAAGAUAAAACAUUUGCUCCUCCAUGUCCAACUGUGCCAAACACACCUAGUAUAGAAAAAAUUCAAGAAUUUAUGGAUUUAUAUACAUCAGCUUUGAUAAUAGGCCGAUCGGAUUAUUUAAAGAGUAAAGAAAAUGAAUUACAAGAACUAUUGAUUAUGCCAGCUGGGAGAAUUGCAUUUGUUAAUGCACUAGAACAAGAGUCUCGUCGUACACAAGGUUUGGUUGAUUUACAAGCAUUACCAAAACUACUUGAUCAAAUAAGUUUAUUACUUGUGGAAUGUCAAAACGCUGAAGACUUUCAACCAGCUAAGAAACUUCUCUCUAUAUCACUGAAGUUUUAUACUUAUGAUCCAUCGGUAUCUACAGACCGAACCUUUAUUUUCGUGUAUAUCAAAAGUCAACCAAUUUGGCAAUCUUUAAGGUUUUGGAAUGCCUGCUUUUUUCAAUCUUUACAGGAGGCACGUUCAAAGGCAGAGGAAUCAUCAUAUGAUUCAACUAAAGUAUCUUCGACAACAUACGAUCAGUUGAAUUUCUAAUACUUGCUUGAAUAAUUAUACAGAAUGGAUGAGGAAUUAUGUGGAAAGAAUUUGUGAUUAUAUUAUUCAUAAUGUGUUGUCUAAUAGUCGUUACUAAAUACACACAGCAAUUAUCAAAUAAUUGUUCUAUUCUCUACUUUCUGAAUACAAUAAAUUCAGAUCAUAUUUGCAGACGAUGAAUGUGUUCAGUUUGCACGAAACCAUCAAACAAGAAUUCCUGAGAAAACAAGCCGAUCUAUUCAAUUUGAAUGAUGAUGAAAUAAGCUCAUUACUGUCGGUUAUCUCAUCGGCAGAUUAAACACCGAGAUCGUUACUGUAAUACAUCAACCAUAUCUCAAUUAAAUGAACUAUAUUUAUUCUUAUUGAAAAACAAAACACAACUUAAUUAUACACUGGGCAAUAUGAUAUAUUCCUAUAAAAAUUCAAUUAGUUACAUCUUAUUAAAUACUAUCUGUUUCGUUUCUUGAAUCAUUUUUUAAAAAAUAAUAAAAUAUUCUAUAACAAAUUGAAUCAUUUAUAUCAUUUUCCAUCUAUUUCAUCGCAUUUUCAUUUUCUGAAUUUGAGUUCAUACUUAUAAUUGAAAAGCUAACUUUUGAACUUGGAACAUUGAUACUAUUAUUAAUGUUAUUAUUAUUGUUGUUACAAUUAUUUUUAUGAUCAAUAUCUGUUAGCCUGUUAAUAUCAGUUUCUACAUUUCAUUCUUGUGUGUUUAAGUGGACAAACCAGGAGUAGGUAUUUGCACCCUUUUAAUCAAUAGCUGUCCGUUGUCUGUAACCAGUUCUUUAUUUUGAAAAGUCAGUCUCAGGCAUUUGAACUGGUUAUUUUCCAGAUAGUUGUGUAACAUCAAUACAUAUUCAGUUUAACACAUGAGUGGAUCAUGGAUACAAAUGAAUGUAAGCACAUGUUGAAAACUAAUUUUCAUUGACUUAUCUUACCUCGAUAUUAUAAAACUCAUUGCAUAACACCACCUUAGACUAUUAUUACCUAUUUAUCCUAACAAAUAUAUGUUUAAAAU